AUUUAUCCCACCCGACUCUUCUACCCAACCACCACCUGUCAAACAUGCCGCCCGCCAUAUCAAUUCAUUUCAUAAUCUAAAGAAAAAUCCAUACGAUGCCACACUCGACGCGCGCAUCGUCUGCGCCUCGACUCUCCAGCCUCAAAUUCCCGGGGGACAGGGAAAGGGAAAGGGAACUAUCCAGCACGCGCUCCUCGAUGGAGAAGUUCCCGGAUCACGUUGAACCAUCCGACGGGCAACCAUCAUACAACUACCCUUCUAGUCCAACACACACCGGCAAUGGGUAUGCCAAUGGGCCUCCGCCCGUGGAUCGGUUCCCUCCCCGACGUGAGAGUGCAAUGCGAGGGGCAGCGUGGAACAGCUCGAAUAACGGCACCGCAACUACAGGAGGGAGAGGCCAUAGUCGGCAGAAGAGUUUGACUGACGCCUUCAAGACUAUCAGGGCGCGGAACGGGAGUGUCAGUGCAAAUGUGCAGGAAAUAGGUGAAGCGUUAAAGGCACCGGUGUCUCCCAAAUUAAUUGUUCGUCAUCCUCCCCGCUCAGUCCAGACCAAAGUCAAAUAUGUCCCAUUCCGUUCUCCCAAGCUGAUUGUGCGUGUUUCUUGUAGACAUUGUGUAUCAUAUGGUAUUUGUCGAGUGCCCUCACGAAUACCUCUUCCAAAUCCAUCCUCAACGCCUUCCCUAAACCUGCAACCCUUACUAUGGUUCAAUUCGCCUUUGUGGCCUUCUUCUGCCUCCUCUUCAGUUGGCUAUCUACCGUUUUUCCUGCCCUCAAAAAUGCCGUUCCAGCUCUACGACAUGGCAUUCGAUACCCCACCCGUGAGGUCAUAAAUACUACCCUCCCCCUUGCGGCUUUUCAGAUUGGAGGCCAUCUUUUAUCCUCUACCGCUACUGCGAAAAUUCCAGUUUCUCUUGUGCACACAAUCAAAGGCCUUUCCCCGCUUUUCACUGUGUUCGCCUAUCGCAUUAUAUUUGACAUCCGCUAUCCCCUCACUACAUACCUCUCGUUGAUACCUCUAACACUUGGGGUUAUGCUUGCCUGCUCCGCAGAAUUUCGUGGGAACAUCUUCGGGAUUUUCUAUGCUUUCCUUGCAGCCAUCAUCUUCGUCACCCAAAAUAUAUUCUCCAAACGUCUUUUCAAUGAAGCAGCCGCUGCGGAAGCUGCUGGAAGACAUACCCAAACCCGAAGGCUAGAUAAACUCAACCUUCUCUGUUAUUCUUCCGGUCUCGCUUUUCUCAUAACCUCUCCUAUCUGGUUCUGGUCCGAAGGCCUCAAUCUCAUGCUUGAUUUUCUCAACGAUGGUACAAUUGACCUGCAAGAAAACAAACGUGCAUUCGACCACGGCCGUUUGGCCUUGGAAUUCGUGUUCAAUGGCACAUUUCACUUUGGGCAAAAUAUAAUUGCCUUUGUACUCCUCUCAAUGGUGUCGCCUGUAACCUACUCCGUCGCCUCACUCAUUAAACGUGUUUUCGUGGUCGUAAUAGCCAUAAUAUGGUUUCAAAACCCUACAACAAAAAUCCAAGGUCUAGGAAUAGCCCUUACAUUCCUCGGUCUCUACCUUUACGACCGGACCAAUGAGUCCUCCAAGAAAUCAGAUCGUAAAGCAGCACAACUGAAUAUCAAACCCGAAUCUUUACUUCCAACGACCAAUAUUGGUCGUCAGGAUACAAUUUUCGAAUCCCCAGUAACGAUGCAGAGUAAUAACAAAGUCCGUGGCUUCUCAAAUGGCUACGCCCUCUCUCCAAAUCCAGAUGACAAGAAGUCUGAUGAUGGGCCUGGAAGAAAUGGCGGGAGGGCAAGGGGUUCGAGUAAUGCCUCUUGGUUGCCUCCUGGAACACGACAAGAAGAAACGUGGCGACCAAGGGAAAACGGGGGUCUACUCCCAGAAAAUUAUAAAGUUUCUGUAAACUAGAGUUUCCUCUUGGUUUUUUUCUCAUCACCUCGUUUAAUUUGUCUAUACACGUGGAGUCUACUGUGUUUGUGAGGUGGGUAGGUCUGGUGUCUCCAUGGGAAAAUAGAAAGGAAAUCAUGCAUAAACGACCUGGGAUGUGUUGAUUAUUUUGUCUUUCUCUCCGAUUCUUGGGUAACAUUAUAUAGAGUUCAUUGGUGGCGUUUUUCAAUCAUGUUUUUUGGACGGAGUAGACAGGAUUCUGUCUUGGAUUGUAUGAUAUCUGAAUAGAGUAUUGAGCACUUUUCGCCUCGCUCGGGAAUAGAAAUAUAGAGCAGUCGGUUCAAAAUGGUCUCUUGUAAGUAUUGUGACAGAGGAUCACAGAGAUCUCGUUCGAUGCGAAGGCUGCUGCUCGAAUCUACCA